UGUUUUUGUGCUGGUGGUUUUGCACCGUGUGUGUGUGUCUGAUCUAUAUCUGCGCUGUGUGUUUUUGCUGGUGGUUUUGCACCUUGUGUGUGUCUGUUUUGUAGCAUUUUGCUGUAUGAACUCUUUUGCCACGAACGCAGCGAAGUAUAUCCAUCGGAUAUCCAUCCAUAUGGCCAUGCAUGCUAGCUGCUUUUUUUCUGAUUCGAUAAGCAAAAAUGAGCCGCAUAUUGUGAACUCUGCUUCAAAAUACUUCAAUUCAGCUCCAAUGUUUUGGUUGGAUGAAUGCUGUUUUCUGUGUGGGAGAUAUCGGAGAAUGCUUGUGUGGUGGUGAAUGCCCGGUCCACUUCCAAGGGUAACCAGCCUGCGUCCCGUGUUUUAGGUUGUUUCAAUGAGAUCGAUCAGUCAGUCAUUAAGGAUGGGUUGGACAAGGAUACUUUACCUGCAUCGACUGGGAGUAGCAACUACGUUCCUUGUCUUCUCUGUCGUCAUCAUACUCCUUCUCUACAACUUUGAGGAGGUACACAGUACACACCGCCAAGACCACAAGAAUGCCAAUGCUGCAGUGGUGCUAAGAGAGGGUUUGCAUAAAGCUAAUCGCAGAGGAGACUCUAAAAAACUACUAAAUCACAAGAAACUUGUGAGCCAGAAAUUAAGACUUGUGAAUGAGUUUAACAAGGCAAACAUCUCCGGACACAAUAAUCUUGCCAACUCAAAUAACUCCGUGAUUGGGGAUGGUGGUGCUAGAAAGUAUCGGGAUCGAGCCGAUACUAGGAAGGCACUCGCGAAGAGGACGAAGAACGACAGUGGGGUUUUGGCGUGUCAGAUUCCAGAGAUGGACCCGUUUGAUGAGAAUAUUAAACAUCUUAUCUUUGAACCAGAGCCUCUUGAGUGUAAAGGAACAAUGGCAACAGAUCUUACUCGUAACCAGCUGUCCAUCGAGGAAUCUGUACUCAAGAAAAUGAAGUACAAUCAGUGCUAUGCAUCUACCAUAGAAAGAAUGAGCGAUUAUUCAAGUCAAAUUUCAACCCCCGUCAAGAUUAGCUUCGGCACGAAAAAUCCCAAGGGUUACAUUCCAUUGCAAUAUAACGUAACAGAUGAUUUUACUUUUGUAUUCUGCGAUAAUGGCACAACAGACGACUUUGAGGACAUGUCACCUUUUGAAUUGGAGUCUCUCUAUAAUCUGGCUCCUGACAUUUUUGACGUGCAUGUGGGUGUUGUUCCGAAACCUAAAGUGAAGGAGCGAGCACGUUCCAUCAAACCACCAUCAGACGGCUUAGGCUUAAACGUCGUCAUGCUCGGCUUGGAAUCCACUUCGAGAAUGAAUUUUUUUAGGCAACUUCCAGAGACCUAUCAGCUCCUCGGCAGUUUCAGUACUAUAAUUUUUGAAGGUUAUAACAUAGUUGCUGACGCCACCAAAGGGGCUCUUAUCCCCUUACUAACCGGUAAGACGGAGUUGGAGCUUCCAGAGGUCAGACAAGGUGAAGUCAACUCGGAGUACGUGGAUACGUACCCACUCAUCUGGAACGAUUUCGCCAAGAACGGGUACGCUACGAUGUUUGCCGAGGAUUGGCCGGGCAUUGCAACCUUCAAUUUGAGAUUGAACGGCUUCAAUAAGCAACCCACAGAUCACUACAUGAGGAACUUGUGGAAUGCCGCUAAUACCGAGAAACACUGUCUCGGAUCAAAACCUGUUCACAAAGUCAUGUUGGACUAUCUGCUGGACUAUAUGACGGUCUACAAAGAUACGCCCCAUUUUGCCUUCUCAUUUCUGGUCGGGUUAACUCACGCCAACAUCAACCCUCUAAAACUCAUGGAUGGUGAUCUCUACUGGUUUCUUGCCGACGCAAAGUUUUACAAUCUCCUCAACAACACGAUUCUCUUAAUGUUUGGCGAUCACGGGUCGCGGUAUUCACAGAUACGCCAGACGCUCCAGGGCAAGCUUGAAGAACGCCUUCCCUUUAUGUCAAUGACGGUGCCUGAUUGGUUUCAUCACCGGUAUCCUGAACUUUACCGCAAGCUCAGGCUGAACUCACAGCGACUCAUGACGCCAUUUGACGUCCACGAAACACUGAAAUCGGUUCUACAUCUUGACGUCACACCUGCAGAUGUGAGCCAGCGUGGGAUCAGUUUUUUCAAUGAAAUUUCAGAGAAGAGAACAUGCACGGAUGCCCAUAUUGAUGCUCACUGGUGCUCAUGUCUGACGUGGGAGCCAGCUAGUUCAGAAAAGACAAAGCAAGUUGCAGGUGCUCUGAUAAAAAUUAUCAAUAAAAAGACGGAGAGGGUCAGGGACAAGUGUGCUAAGCUGAAACUGAGUAUGGUACUACAUGCACAACAGAUGGUGCCAAACCAGAAGGUUCUGCGUUUCACGAAAACUGACGAUCACAAUCAGCGGUCGGCGUCUUUCAGCAACGGCUCCACGGUCAACGUCACUGAGCUCCCUAUCCUGUUUCAGGUCACCGUGGAAACCCUUCCCGGUAACGGCCUCUUUGAAGGCACCAUCAAGGUCCUCCCUCAAAGCACUGACGACAUUUUUGCGUACGAAACAUCAGGGGACAUCAGCCGCAUCAACAAAUACGGUAACCAAGGCGAUUGCAUUAAGGAGUCCAUCCCGCACUUAAUGAUGUUCUGCUACUGCAAGAGUAUUGAGAACACUCGCAAAAAAUUGCCCCAAAAACGCAAACAGUUAUAAUAUUUCUAAUUCUAAUGUUUGUGUACCCUCAGUGGUUUAAAAAAUUCUUGUUUAAAGGCAGGGUUUACUUUUGGUUAUUGUCAAAGAUGGGUACUCACCUGGUGUUUCCAGUAUAUAAAAUAACAAACCUGCGAAAAUGGGCUCAAUUGGUCACCAAAGCUGCAAGAAAAUACUGCAUAGAAUUAUCGAAUUGCAGGUUGAGGCCUAUCCAAUGAAAUUAUUGUAUCCAAUGAAAUCAUUGGGUCUGUAAGACCUGGGGUUGAUUUCACAAAGCACUGAAAC